UUCCGGUUUGUGUGACCGACAUUGGUGUCUGUCAAAGUAUUUAUACAACGCUAGCUGAUCCUUUUCUGGAUAUUUACACCAGGAAACACGUAAAAAUCCACGUUAAAUAGAUUUUAAAGCUUUCGAGCAAACACGCAGCGGAUGGCCCGGACAGCACUUGUCGUGGGACCGACAUAAAAGGAGGGACAUUAGUCUGAACCUCUUAAUGAGUAAUGAACCUUAACCCUUUCUGGAGCAUGUCUGCAAAUACAAGUCGUAAGCAGAGAUCUGACAACGAGGAACAAAGCGGGCACGGGGAGCAGAGAGCCAGCCCUGCCCGGCUGCCCUUCGGCAAGAAACAGCUUCCACCUAUUCCUAAAAAUGCCACACCCAUUACCAAGCCUGCAGCAACUGGUACUCCAGUCCAGUCUGCCAAUGGCACACAUGCCUCCUAUGGCCCCUUUUACUUGGAGUACUCACUGCUGGCUGAGUUCACACUGGUGAUUAAGCAGAAGCUCCCUGGAAUUUAUGUCCAGCCAUCCCACAAAUCAGCACUAAUGUGGUUUGGGGUCAUAUUCAUCAGACAUGGCCUGUACCAGGAUGGAGUCUUCAAAUUCACUGUGUAUAUUCCAGAUAACUAUCCAGAUGGAGAAUGCCCUAAAUUAGUAUUUGACAUCCCAGUCUUCCACCCUCUUGUUGAUCCUGUGUCAGGAGAGCUUGAUGUCAGAAGAGCUUUCACCAAAUGGAGACGGAAUCACAACCACAUCUGGCAAGUCUUGAUGUACGCACGUACAAUUUUCUACAAGAUAAAUACCACAGAACCACUCAACCCAGAAGCUGCAGUGCUAUAUGAAAAGGAUGUUCAAUUGUUCAAAAGCAAAGUGGUGGAUAGUGUGAAACUAUGCAACAGUCAUCUUUUUGACCAGCCUAAGAUUGAUGAUCCCUACGCAAUAAGUUUUUCUCCGUGGAACCCUGCCGUUCAUGAAGAAGCAAAAGAGCGAAUGUUCACAUACAAAAGACGGCCUGAGGAUCACCACAAGGGAACGCAGGUGUCAGGGUUGUCCUGGGUGAAGCCAGGAUCGACGCAGCCUUUCAGCAAAGAUGACAGUCCUCCCCAGAGCUGAACCUGCAGUGUCCUUAAAGCAGCCACUAGGGGGAUCCACAUGCAUCAGAUGCCGAGCCAUUGGCUUGCCUCAGCUGUUUAUUGGGAACUGGGUCCUUGAAACAGUUGGCAGAACUAUGUUAAAUCUCCACAUUAUUGCUCAGCUUUAAAAGCUUUGUAGGCAUCUCUUCAAAGAGCUUUAGAAUAAGGAAACAAAGUUUGUAUCAUAUGUAAAUCAACGACGACAAAUGGAUGUCUCAGCAACAUCAUUUAGGCUGUGAUGCAGUGCAAAGAGCUUUCUCAUUUAGAUGAUCAGAUCCAUGCACAUUUUGGACAAAGUGACAUAUAACAUGUUGUCCCAAAAGGAGCUGAAAGUAUGAGAAUAGCAAUUUGCAAUUGCGUGGCAAGUAAAGUGGACAAAGUAAUCAACACUACAAGCUGAAAUUGGCUUAGGACUGUUCAAUGUUUCAGUUGCAGAUAUGUGGCUAAAACUUCCAAAUCCACUCCACACUCUCCCAUCAUUCACUUUUAUUGGAAUAUGUUUUAUAUUUGCUUACGAUUGGACUAUGAUUUCUUUUUAAUUCCACCAUGUAAACUGUCUUACAUAAUUCUUAAUAUAUAAAGCAGAGCAGGAAAGUAUGGAUCUUAAUGAGAUGCUAAAUAAGUAAGCUCCUGUAUUUUAUUGUCUGAUUUUAUUUCAUUUGAAUGUUUUAUGUAUCAUUUGUUAUUAAAGGUUGAUGUGUAAAUA